AUGUCUACCAGGAAGAUCAGCAAGAGCCUCAAAUCAACAUCAUCCCAUGUCAGGAUAACACUAUUCCGAGGUGGUACAGCCAGUACUUCAGUAGCUCAACUGGACAAGAUCAGGCAGGAGCACAUUGAAGCUGAAAAUAAAAGGUUUCAAAACAAUGUCCUUGGAGCAAAAGAACAACUUGGCAAAGCAUACCUUGGAACAGGGAUUAAUCCCCAAGACACAACAAUGCUCUUUGAUGAUGCAGAAUCCAUCUCUUGUGGAGGUGAAGAGGACAACAGUGACUCUGAUAAAACCCAAAUCUUUGGCAAAUUCUUUCAAACUUUUGACUGUGACCCUACAAUACAGGGAGAAUGGUCAUGGUUGUCACUAGUUUUCCACAGCUGA